AUGGGCCAUGUUGAAAAGUAUGUCAGUACGAAUGGAAUAGUAGAACUUGUUGAAAAGCCGGUGUUUGGACAAUUCGUUCCCACUAGAAAAGUUCUAAAGUCGUUUCUUGAAUUGCCUGGAAUGUUUAAUAUUGUUACUACUCAUAUGAACCAACUUCUGCAUGAUACAAGUGGUACGAUUUCUAAUGUAAUUAAAGGUGACUUGUGGAAAGAAAAGUCUGCCGCUGAUGGUGAGAAAAUGUACCUGCCUAUAAAUCUUCAUUUCGAUGAUUACGAGCCGGACAAUCCUUUAGGUUCACAUCAUAAUGAUAAUAGUUUAGGUGCCUUAUAUGGGUCAAUUGGAUGUUUGCCUCGCAAACUUGCGUCGUCUGCUGAAAAUGUAUUUCUAGUCACUAUAUUUCUGUCAAAAUAUCGUAAAGAUUUUGGAAAUGAAGUAAGCUUUGCUAAUGUUACUGAAGAGAUGACCUUUCUUGAAACCGAAGGGAUUCAGAUCAAUACUGGAGACGAAAUUCAUCAAAUUUACUUCCGGUUCACUCUGCUUAUUGCAGACAAUGCAGGUUUUCAUGCAGUGCAAGGUUUUGUUGGUAGUUUUAGUGCAAACUUUUAUUGUAGAUUUUGUAAACUUCAUAGAGACACAAUGGAACAUUUUUGUGAAAAGGUGCCUGAUUGCUUUCUUCGUACGCCUGAAAACUACUUGGUUGAUGUUGCUACUAACAAGUCACUUACUGGUGUUAAAGAACUCUGUGUUUUUAAUAUUAUUCCAAGCUUCAAUUGCAUUGAAAAUUCGAAUUGUGAUGUUUUACAUGAUCUUCACGAAGGGGCCGUAAAGUAUGGAAUUUGUAAUAUUUUAUUCUAUUUUGUCAGCACUAGAGCUUACUUUACUAUUGAUGUAUUAAAAUAUAGGAUAAAAGGUUUUGAUUAUGGGCCUAUUGAUAUGGGGAAUAAACCUCCUACAUCACAUCUAACUGUUGAACGCCUUGAAAGCUGUUCUUGGAAUUUAUCAGCUUCUGAAAUGAUCUGUGUUGCUAGGUACCUUGGUGAAAUGAUUAGUGAUUUAAUACCAGUCGGAAACAAUGUGUGGAAGUUAUAUUUAUUGCUCCGUGAAAUUUUAGAAAUUAUUCUUAGUCCAUAUUUUUAUGUAGGCACAGAAAAGUAUUUAAUGACACUGAUAAUAGAGCAUCAUGCAAGCUAUGUUCAGUUCAGUAGUUGA